CAUCCAGCAGAGAGCCUGAUGUAAACGGCCUCAGAAGUCCAACUCUCCUUCAGCUGUUCUCUCAUAUUGAAUUUAUUAAGCAGCAGAUGGCCAGGGACAACAUACAGUUUGUUAGAUUUGAAUCAAUAGACCUCCAUGGUGUGUCAAGAUCAAAGAAUAUUCCUUCUCGCUUUUUUCAUGAGAAAGCAAUUCAUGGUGUUGCCAUGCCUAGAAGCUACCUUGAGCUGACGCUGAAUCCUAAAGAUAAUGAAUUAGAUUACAUAAAUGCAACCAAUUUUAAUUGUGACAUAAUCCUGAACCCGGAUUUAUCAACAUUUCGAAUACUACCCUGGACUGAGCAGACUGCAAGAGUGAUAUGUGAUUCCUUCAGCGUGCUAGGUAACCCGCUAAUGACCUCACCAAGGCACAUUGCCAAGAAACAGCUGAGCCAGCUUCAGGACAAUGGUUUUUCUCUGCGCUCUGCCUUCACUUAUGAAUUUUGUAUUUAUGGUAUUACUGAGGUUGUAAAUUCAAAGACAAUAUCCUUUCCUGCAGCCACAAUACUAAAUAACCAUGACCAGACUUUCAUUCAGGAGCUCAUUGAAGGAAUGUAUUAUGCUGGUGCCAACAUUGAAAGCUUUUCUUCUUCCACUGGCCCUGGGCAAAUGGAGAUCACUUUUCAUUCAGCGUUUGGCAUAGAUGCUGCUGACAGUGCUUUCACAUUUAGAACAGGCAUUAAAGAGGUGGCUAAGAAGUAUAACUAUGUGGCUAGCUUUUUCUCAGAAUCAGGAUUCUACAACUCAGGGGCUCUGUCACAUAGCCUGUGGGAUUUGAAUGGCCAGAAGAAUUUGUUUUCUGCUGGUUAUGGAGUUGAGGAGCUCUCAGAUAUAGGAAAAAACUGGUUAUCAGGUCUCUUGGCACACACAGCAGCUAUCAGCUGCUUGAUGGCUCCCACCACCAGCUGCCGUAAGCCUUAUUCCAAAUACAGUAAAGAAUCCAAAGAGACUGUAAAUGCAAAAUGGGCAUAUAAUGAUAACAGCUGUGCCUUUAAUGUCAAAUGUCAUGGUGGAAAAGGCACUCAAAUAGAGAAUAAAUUAAGUUCUGCUGCAGCAAACCCUUACCUGGUGCUUGCUGCUACUAUUGCUGCUGGUCUAGAUGGAAUAAAGAGAGAACUUAGGUAUGAUGAUAUGUUCCAAGAAGAAAAUCACACUGCUGAUCUGAAACAUUCAUCAGUCCCUUUGAAACUAGAAGAUGCUCUUGUUGCACUCAAGAAAGAUUCUUGCAUUAAGGAAGCAUUAGGUGAAACUUUUAUCCGAUACUUUGUUGCUAUGAAACAUUAUGAGUUAGAAACUGAAGAAAUGGAUAGUGAAAGGAAUAAAUGCUUGGGGUAUUUUAUUUAGAAGUGUACUCUUCUGUAGUAAUGCUGUGUAAAUGCAUACAGUGAAUGGCGAAGAACCUUGAAAUUAUUAAAUAUAUUUUAAAAUGUU